AUGGACCCCUGCGCCUUCGUCCGCCUCACCGUGGACCAGCUCCUCCUCAAGCUCCCCGCCGUGCCGCGCCCCAGCUCCGGCGCCGCCGGCGUGCACCCCUCCACGUCGCCUUGCUUCUGCACGCUCCACCUCCACGACCAGCCCUCCUCGCUCGCCCGCACCGCCCCGCUGCCCCUCGCCAACGCCUGCUUCCCGCACGGGUCCGGUGGCCCCGUCGUGCUCAGCCUCGACGCCGCCGCGGUGCAGCGGCUCGCGGGGCGCCCCGCCGAGCUCGUCGUCACACUGCACGCCGGCAAGUCGACGGGGAGCGCCGGCUGCGGCGGCGUGGGCGCCCGCCGCGCGCUGGGUAGGGUGCGCGUGCCCGUCGACGUGGCGCGCGCCGCGGCCGGGGAGACCGUGGUGGCGCGCGACGGGUGGGUGGACGUGGGGAAGCCGGCGUCGGCCGCGCGCGCGCAGAUCCACAUGCUCGUGCGGGCCGAGCCCGACCCGCGGUACGUCUUCCAGUUCGGCGGCGAGCCGGAGUGCGGCCCCGUGGUGUACCAGGUGCCCGGUGGAGGCGCCGGCGGCGGGCAGCGCCAGCCCGUGUUCACCUGCCGGUUCAGCGCCGGCCGGAGGGCAGCUAUGACCAGAUCUCUGACGUCGGAAUCGUCCAUGGCCCGGAGCCCCAGCCGGAAGCUUCGAUCCUGGCUGAACAACCUCCACGGCGACGGCGGCGACGCCCGGGCACGGCGCGACCAGCGGAAGGGGUGGAUGGUGACCAUCCACGACCUGUCCGGCUCCCCGGUGGCGGCGGCGUCCAUGGUGACCCCGUUCGUGCCGUCCCCGGGCUCCGGCCGUGUCUCCCGCGCCAACCCGGGAGCCUGGCUCAUCCUCCAGCCCACCGCCGCCGGGGCGUCGAGCUGGAAGCCCUGGGCGCGCCUGGAGGCGUGGCGCGAGCGCGGCGCCGUCGACGCGCUCGGCUACCGUCUCGAGCUGGUCUUCGACUCGGGCCCCGUCGAGUGCGCCGUCCCCAUCGCCGAGUCGUCCAUCAGCGCCAAGCGCGGCGGGCAGUUCGUGAUCGACCCGGCCACCUUCCCCGAGGGGGCCACCGGCGGCGCGUGGCCCUUCCCCGGUGGGUUCGUGAUGGGGUCCACGGUGGAGGGCGAGGGGAAAGCGAGCCGGCCCACCGUGCAGGUCGGCGUGCAGCACGUGGCGUGCAUGGGCGACGUCGCCGUGUUCGUCGCUCUCUCCGCGGCUGUCGAUCUCUGCAUGGACGCGUGCAAGCUCUUCUCGCACAGGCUCAGGAAGGAGCUCUGCCAGGACCAAGACGACUAGCGCCACUCUUCGUCUCCGUAGUGAUCUUGGGUUCGACUCGCCAAGUAUUCAGUUCCUUCUUGUGGAAGUGAUGGCCUGUGACUGUUUUUUUUUAGUUUAGGCUGGGUCGGAUCUCAAGAACAGAUCGAACAGGGGGUGUGUGUAUGUGUUUAUUCUUUCGUUCCGAUAUUCUUUCGAUUCUUUGUAGUAUAGGUCAUGUUCUUGUAUGCUCCUUUUUUGAGCGAUUGAAUAGUGGAUGUUAGAUGCAACC